UGAAUUUUUAUUAUUACUAAAUGAUCACCCGCCGGUUUAUGUCUACUAAUCACUUAAGAACCUCUAUUCACAAACUGAAAGGCCAAGAAGUCCCAUUCCCUAUGAACAGCCACAUCCAGUCAGUCAUCGAAGAAGCCAGGGCUAAAGCUAAGGCUGAAGGCCAAAAUGAGUUUAAGUGGAAAUAAGACUGAAAGCAAUAUUGCGAAACCUCUUAUUGGUCAAAGAACGUUUAUGAAGAUAACUGUUUUCUUUAUGUUCUUCACAUGCAUACUACCAGCUCAAUGGAGAGCAUGAGUUUACGAGUAUACCCACAAAGAUUAAACAGAAUUAUUUGUGAUCACAAUAAAUUGUUCAAUAUUGCCAUGC